AGAUCACACAGGAAGGAUACGGACGCACGGCAUCGGCGGAGGCCAUAAACAAAAAUACCGGUGGAUCGACUUCCAGCGACUUCGCUUUGAGCCGGGCAAAGAGGCUCAGUCAUUCGAGGAGAAGGUUGUGGAGGUGCGGUACGACCCGUGCAGGUCUGCUGACAUUGCACUGGUCGCCGGAGGCAACCGCAAGAGAUGGAUCGUGGCUACAGAGAACAUGCAGGUCGGCGACAUCAUUAAAACAUCUGGAGCCAUCGGACGCAUGGCGGUCCUGGCCAAGGAAGGCGAUGCCCACCCACUCGGAGCGCUGCCUGUGGGGACCCUGGUGAACAACCUGGAGAUACAACCAGGGAAGGGAUCAGAGUACAUCCGUGCUGCAGGCACGAGCGGCGUUCUGCUUCGUAAAGUGAACGGAACCGCGAUCGUUCAGCUUCCUUCAAAGCAGCAGGUUCAGGUACUGGAGACCUGCAUGGUAACGGUGGGACGCGUGUCCAACAUCGACCACAACAAAGAGAUCAUCGGUAAAGCAGGUCGCAAUCGCUGGUUUGGCGUUCGCCCUUCGAGCGGGUUGUGGCAGAGGAAGGGAGGCUGGGCCGGACGCAAGAUUAAACCGCUGCCCUCCAUGAAGAGUUACGUCAACCUGCCGACACGCACUGCUUAAUAACACGACAGGAGUCCGGACGCUGUCGUCUUGUGAUGUUGUUUUGUUCUGGACAGUUGAAUCAAAUGAGAAAAUAUGAAUAAAGACAAACUGUUUGUACAGAA